GUUAAAGCUUGCCUUGCUCAGCACUCCGAGAACAUUAUCGCGGCCAUCCAUUAAUUACAUCUUGAAGCAAGAACAUUCUACGCGUUUAUAAACUGACUUACUUAGUGUAGCCAGGUUUCUUCUCCGAAUCUCCGUUUAUAUCAAUCCGAUGAACGCGAGAAAGCUUGCCCAGCACUCCAGAAACGUUAUCCACCGUCGUUUCGCCGACUUAAGUUUGAACAUUAUUGCCGUCAUUCUGCCGACUUAAGUUUGAACAUAAUGGCCGUCAUGUCGCCGACUUAAGUAUUUUCUCCGAAUCCUCCUUUCCCAAAGAAGGCGGUUUGAAUCAUCAUUAUAUAUAUAUAUAUAUAUAUAUAUUUAGAUCAGCUCAUUGGAAUAAUGUUGCAAGAAUAGAAUCUGAUCAUCUACUAGUCAGUACAAUUGAAUUCCUAUGGCGCGAAGGCUUUCUACAUCCUUAUUACAAGGGAAGCAGAACGCAGUGAGAGGGGAUGUGAAGCGAUUGAGAUUGGAGAUGAAGGAGAUAAGUAUGGAUCAGAAGCGAAUUCGGAAAGACCAAAGAGAUUUGAGAGAAAAGUUGGAACACAUCAAUGAGCAAUGCGUGCAGCUUGGACAGGAGAUGGAAGUGGUCGCCAAGCAGAAAGCUCGGAAUCAGCUCCUCUUGAAUCUCGCAUUCAGAAUCUUGAAGGCUCGCCAAGCAGGGGACUUCGCCGCAGCCAUCUUCUUUACUCGAAUCCUCCGUCAGGUGAUACAAAACAGAGGAGCAAAUGAAGGAAAUGCAUCCGAUGCUACAAAAGAAGAACGAAAUGUAAACAAAGUUUGAAUUGUUCGAGAAAUUCUAUUUAUGUUUUCUGUUGAAGUAAGAAUAAGGAAUUGCUUUAUUGAUUUAAUGCAACUGUUGUCUGCAAGUUUGAGUUUGAGCGAGAAAUUGGUUUGGUUUACUUUACUCUCAAGGAACCAAGAAUAAAAGAAAGAAAAUGGAAUGAUCUCU